GGAACUGCAGACAAUAGAAGCUGCAGGAGCGGUGCCUGUGGUAAGUGGCCCACGGUGAUCCUCUGGCUUCCCCACAUAGGGAUGUGCCUGUCACUUUCAGGAGCACCUAAGGCUGCUCUUAACCCACCAUGUCUGUGCCCGGUUUGCCAAUGCACUAGAAGUGCCAAGCAGCAGCUGGCGGCGGGCUCCCGGCCUGGCUCUCCUGUCAAUGCAGUGAGCAGGAAGGGCCGCCAGGCUCCGGCUCUUCGCAUCUCCGGCUUACUUUGCAGCCGCGAUGUAAGAGGGCUAAUGGUGAAUGGCAGCAGGGUAGCAUGGAACCAGACCCAGCACUGCAAGAUUUUGGAUGGGCUAGUCCCAGACCAGUUGCAACUGUGCAGAAGAAACCUGGAGCUCAUGCACAGUAUCGUAUAUGCAGCCAAAGAGACCAAGGGAGUGUGCCAAAAAACAUUCUCCGAUAUGAGGUGGAACUGCUCUUCCAUUGAAUAUGCACCCAGUUUCACCCCAGACCUCAUUAAAGGGACGAGGGAAUCUGCAUUUGUGUAUGCACUGGCAGCUGCUGCUGUCAGUCAUUCCAUCGCCCGCGCCUGUGCCUCAGGGGAAUUACCUAUCUGCUCCUGUGGAUCUGCCCCAUCUGAAGUGCCUGGGCCAGACUUCAGGUGGGGUGGAUGUGGGGACAACCUCCACUAUGGCCUCCAGAUGGGUUCUGCCUUUGCUGAUGGUGCCAUGAAGUCCAGCAAGGCAGGGGGACAAGCCACCAGGCUUAUGAAUCUCCAUAACAAUGCAGUGGGCCGACAGGUAUUGAUUGACUCUUUGGAGACGAAGUGUAAAUGCCAUGGUGUUUCUGGCUCCUGCUCAGUUAAGACCUGUUGGAAGGGGCUGCAAGAUUUAAGUGAAAUAGCUACUGACCUCAAAUCCAAAUACCUGGCAGCUACCAAGGUGACCUACCGGCACAUGGGGACCAGAAAGCAGCUUGUGCCCAAAGAAUUGGAUAUCAGGCCAGUGAGAGAUGUUGAGCUGAUUUAUCUAGUCAGUUCUCCAGAUUACUGCACAAAGAAUCCCAAACUGGGGUCUCUAGGAACUCAGGACAGGCAAUGCAACAAGACCUCUGUGGGCAGUGACAGCUGCAACCUGAUGUGCUGCGGGCGUGGCUACAAUGCUUACACUGAGACCAUAGUGGAGAGGUGCCAGUGCAAGUACUAUUGGUGCUGCUACGUGAUGUGCAAGAAGUGCCAGCGGACAGUGGAGAGAUACGUGUGCAAGUAAUGCAAGAGGCUCUGCAACAACCAAUGCACUGAGAGAGCACUAGAGGACUUUACACCGACACACUCCAGAGCAUAUCUGGAUAUUUAAUUAAUCACAUGGGAAGCUGUGAGCUUUGGCUAGGAAAGGGGCCGUGGGGGAAGUCCUCAUUGGCACUACCCAGGAAAACACCUGAGAAAACAUUUUUUGGAAAAAGACCAGGCCUAAAAAGUCUUUAGCUCCACCCUUUCCAGAGCAAGACCAAUGGCUGCCUUCUGGGGCUGACCUGUUUUGUUCCAGUCUUCAAUCUCCAGCUGUGGACAAAUAAUUUCAUUCUGUAUGCAUGGAUCUCUUUCUCCCUGAGCUGCCAGCAGCCAUUGUCUCUUUGUGGGAAACUUUUAAUCUAAGAGCUGGGAGUGAUGGAUGGAAAAGAGUGGAGGGAGAGAUGAGAGUGAUUGCAGAGGGAAAAAGAAGGGCUGCUCCAGAAUAAGCAUGCUGAGGAAAUCAUGGGCAUGCACUUUUGGGGUGUCAAGCUGAUGCAAGGCCACCAGAUUCUCCAGUUUCAAGACAUGCUCAUUGUCUUCUGCAGCAUCACAAAUUCUCUAGCAUUAGUGUCUGGUUUGGGUGUAGGCUGGCCCCUGACCAAAUAAUUGUUCCUAGAAACAGACUUCUGCCACUUUCUCCACUAUUGGUGAGAUCCAUUCCUUUGCCUUUUGACAGCAGUGUGAGAAAGUGAGAGUCUAAUAUUAUGGUAAUGGGCAUGUUAUCAAAAUAUAGACAAAGAGGAUGUGGGGGGAAUAGCACAAUAGACAGUGCCACUGAAUUUCAGCAUGAACCAUGAAACCAUGAGGUAUUGGUAAGGACCGAGCCAGAUGCUUCUGGUCUCUGAGCUUGCAGUUGUGAGGUGAAGAAGCCAGCAAAUUGGGUGGCACACUCUUAAUUCUCUCAUCUGUUUCUCCCCUCUUCCCUGGCUCCACUACACCAAACCCAAGAGUAGCAGCAGCCUGUCUGCCUGCCCCUGCGUCUGAGCCACAGCUCACUCAUGAGUGCUGAGAGUGAGUACUAAAUAUAUUGGAUCCAGGGUGGUAAGAUUAUUCAUUUGGUGUCUUUAAAUCUCUUCCAGUGUCUCUACCAAUCACAGCUCUAAGUCUCAUGUGCUACCCAGUAUGGCUCACCUCUCUGCAUCCCCUCCACCUGGACUCAGUUGGGACACAGAAGGGAUGAGGCAAAGCUGUCUCCCCUCUUUGUGUGGUAAAGGCACUGCAAAACAGAUAUCCUGAAUCCUUUUAGAAGAGGAGACUGCAGAGAGAGCUUCAUAGUUCAAAUGGAAAUAAACAUCCUUUCCCUUUAAAGGUUCUUCCCCCCCCCCCCCCCUCGUCUGGUAUUGAUUCUAUACUGCAUUUGUCUGUUGUAGCCAGACACAGGUCUCACAAUGUGCACAUAACAAACUUUUCAGCAUUACUCUGGUUUGCUACAGAUCUAAUCUACCAGCAAAGUACUCAUUAUUCUGGGAUUUUUUUUCCUAGUAGCAGAGAGCUUGCAUCUGGAGAAGUGAUAUUUUAGUUGUUUCUGAUCUUGUAAAUAUUGGGUCUAACUAAUCUCUGUGAGAGCUGGCAGCUGGGAGAAGAGGUCAUAAGUGAGAGUGACUUUUGAAUGGACUGACUUUCUAUCUCCUCCCCUUGUUGUCUGCAGGCGCUCUCCAGUUAGUGCUAGCCCCAAUAACCUCAGUUGCCUCAGAAUACACAUCAAAGCCAAGAUGAAAGCAGAAAGACACCUGCUGCAGCUUUCCUCUUCCUCUGACUGUAAGGAAGGAUUUUUCUUUUUUCUAAAAGGCAAUAUGCUCAGGACCUACCACUUUCUCCACCAUCAGUGAGAGCCAUUCCUUUGUCUCUGUACAUCUGUAGUGUACAGAUGUUCCUUUGUCUCUGCUCUACAUCUGUAACAUGUAAACUUGAUUAACAUUCUAGAGUAAGGUUCUUGUGGCCCUGGGGCUUCUGUGACAGCUGCUGAUACAUUUAUUUUUUUUAAAUAGUGGGCUUUUAUUGAAUUAAAUAUGGAACUGAACAAUCCUAUUGCUUCACUCUCCUGUGUCAUAGAAUCUGUUAUAACACUGAAUUGUACCCCAGCACCAAACGUUAAUGUGUUGCAGGUUUUGUAUUGAGAAUAGCUACACCUCACCAGUUAUCAGCAGAGAUCUGGA